AAUUUAUUUUUAAUAAAUGCACAAAAUACUACACAAAAGCCAAGCGUAAAGUUUGAGGAUGAAGAUUGCCCAAGUUUAACAAAUGCAACGAAUCUACAGCAAACCCAACUUAUAGAUAGACUAACGCAUGUUUGCCGCUAUGAUAGACUUGAAAGACCAAUACCUUAUGGAGUCAAUGCGGAGCGUUUGCCAACCAAUGUUAAAGCGCGCAUCUAUAUUUACUAUUUACAGAAUCUCAACUCGGAUUUGUUACAAUUUAAGAUGCACGCACUGUUGCAGUUAAGUUUUGUAGAUAGUCGCCUUGCCUAUAAUAUGGUAGCGCCGUCACGCAAGGAGCACAUACUCGGUCAGAAACAUCUUAGUGAACGUUUAUGGAUGCCACAUAUAUUUUUCGCUAACGAACGCGAAUCAGGUAUACUGGGCACAGAUGAAAAAGAUGUCCUCACAUCCAUAUCACCCGAAGGUCGUGUCAUUAUAUCAACACGUCUGCAAGCAACACUUUAUUGUUGGAUGAAUUUCAAGAAGUUUCCUUUCGAUGAACAAUUUUGUUCGACUGUUUUGGAAAGUUGGAUGUACAAUACAACAGAAUUGGUAUUGAGCUGGGAAGCAAGUUCGCCGAUUUCAUUUGAUCCAGAAUUGAGAUUAACUGAAUAUAAUAUGCAACGGUUUUGGUAUAAUGAGAGCAUUGUCCAUUCGGAUAUAGUCAAUAUGCGGCAUGGUGCUUUCUUUGGCAAUUACAGUUCAAUAAGCUUUACAGUCAAUUUGAAUCGAGAAAUUGGUUUCUAUCUAAUGGAUUACUUCUUGCCCUCUAUGAUGAUUGUUGCCAUAUCGUGGGUAUCCUUUUGGCUUCAAGCUGAUGCAUCACCACCACGAAUUAUGUUGGGCACCAGCACUAUGUUAUCAUUCAUCACACUUUCUUCAUCUCAAAGUAAAACUCUACCCAAAGUCAGUUAUAUAAAAGUAUCUGAAGUUUGGUUUCUGGGUUGUACAUUCUUCAUCUUUGGAAGUUUAGUAGAAUUUGCGUUCGUAAAUACAAUUUGGCGACGAAAAGAGAAUAUUGAACUCAAAAAAGUCAAUAGCAAAUAUAUAAUUAAAUCUACACUAACACCUCGUCCUGCACGUCGUGAAUUAGGUCUUAACAAUCAGUCACGUAGUCAAUCCCGAUCCUGUUCUAGCUUGGAUAAUAUUGUUUCAAGCACAGAAAGUGUUAAUGGCAAGACUGGUAACUCCAAUCCAGGAUUUAACAAUUAUUUAACAGUUCAUAAUUUACCAAUCAUAAAAACAGAAUCAGUGGAUAGUGUUUCGGUUACUAGUGAACGCAAUAGCACUGAUCAUGUUGUUGACAUUGACAAGGAUAGUAAUAAAGAUAAUAAGGAGCCUGAUCACACAACAUUCACCACGAUGACGCCACAGGAAAUCGCUAUGUGGAUAGAUCGCCGGUCACGUUUUCUAUUUCCUGUUAUGUUCCUAGCAUUUAAUGCUUUGUACUGGACGUUCGUCUAUUGUUUCUAA